AACAAUUCUUGCAAAUAAUGGACGUAGGAGAAUUGCUAUCAUUUAAGCCCGAGCAAACCCCAAAGCGUCCGUCCGAUUUUGAACGGGAGGACAACCAAAACGAUGACGACGAUGAACAUUCCCCGGAACCGGCGGCACGCAGCCAACCUCCGAAAAAGGUAAACCGUACGGAACAGCACGCAAGUGCACGGGGAACUCCAGUACUGCCAGCCAAGGAGCCGCAAAUCAGCGAAGAGGAACGUUUGAACAUUCUGAAAUUUGUUGAAACAGAAGAACCGGACGGUGAGGUGCUUGAUGAGAGCGGACUCAAGAAGAUGCUACUGCUGUUCGAAAAGCGCGUACUGAAGAAUCAGGAAAUGCGUAUAAAAUUUCCGGAUAAUGCGGAAAAAUUUAUGGAAAGUGAGAUCGAACUGAACGAUGCCAUACAGGAGCUGCACGCGGUAGCCACGGUGCCCGAUCUGUAUCCGCUGCUGGUUGAACUGAACGGUGUUGCCAGUCUGCUAGAUCUUUUGUCACAUCAAAAUUCAGACAUUAGCGUGGCCGUGGUAAACUUGCUCCAGGAGCUAACCGACGUAGACAUUCUGCACGAAAGCUUGGACGGCACGGAAACGCUAAUAGAAGCGCUCCGUAAUCAGCAGGCGGCUGGACUGCUGGUACAAAAUCUGGAGCGUUUGGAUGAGUUGGUUAAGGAGGAAGCGGACGGUGUCCACAAUACAUUGGCGAUCUUUGAGAAUCUAAUCGAGGUAAAGUCCGACAUCGCAAAGGAAGUUGCCGAGCAGGGUUUGCUACAGUGGAUCAUGAAGCGUCUGCGGGCGAAAAUACCGUUCGACGGAAACAAGCUCUAUUGUAGCGAGAUUUUAUCGAUCUUGGUCCAGGAUACGAACGACAAUCGCAUCAUGCUGGGCAAUAUUGACGGUAUCGAUGUGCUGCUGCAACAGUUGGCCGCCUACAAGCGACACGAUCCGAGCACGGCCGAGGAACAAGAGUUCAUGGAGAACCUGUUCAACAGCCUCUGCUCGGCCCUGAUGGCAAAGGAGAAUCGUGAAAAGUUCCUCAAAGGUGAAGGGCUACAGUUGAUGAAUUUGAUGCUGCGCGAAAAGAAACUCUCCCGCAACGGUUCACUGAAGGUGCUCGAUCAUGCAAUGGCCGGACCGGAUGGGCGAGACAAUUGUAACAAAUUCGUCGACAUCCUCGGUCUACGUACCAUCUUUCCGUUGUUCAUGAAAACGCCGAAGCGAAGCAAGAAACGAUUGCUCAGCACGGACGAGCACGAGGAACACAUCGUCUCGAUCAUUGCGAGCAUGCUGCGUAACUGCAAAGGAUCCCAACGGCAACGGUUGCUGUCAAAAUUUACCGAAAACGAUUUCGAAAAGGUGGAACGACUGAUGGAACUACAUCGAAAGUAUCUGGACAAAGUGGAAGCGAUGGACCGGGAAAUCGAUCAGGAAAUGCGUGUCGACGAUGAAGAUGAGCCGGACGACGAUAUGGUGUACGUGAAACGUCUCUCCGGAGGUCUCUUUACCCUGCAGUUGGUGGAUUACGUUAUACUGGAAAUAAGCUGCACCGACGUCGUGAAGCAGCGGGUUCUCAAAAUCCUAAACCUUCACAAUGGUUCAAUGAAGAUGAUACGCAACGUGAUGCGCGAGUAUGCUGGCAAUUUGGGCGAUGCCAGUGAUAGCGAUUGGCGUGAACAAGAGCAAGCCCACAUACUGCAACUUAUCGAUCGUUUCUAGGGUGGAAAG